UAAAAUUUCCGCUUGAUAUUAAUUAUUAAUAAAAUAAAAUAAAUAAAUUGUUUUAAAUUGUUUUUACGCUAAUGAAUAAAUUUAAAUAAAAAUACGAUGUAAAAAUGUUCAACUGCAAUCAAGUGCAUUUACUUCCGCCUAACCACUCUCCACUUCGAAUAACCACGUCAAUGAGUAUAGUUGAAGACUAUAUUUUACGCUAUACUACUGUCUGCUAUAAAGCUCAAUAUAGCUUUAAAGCCUAUAUAUAUAUAGGUAUAUCUACUAUACACAAAUACACAACAAUAACACAGCACUAUAUAUUAUAUUUAAUAAUUGUGGUGUGUAAAAAGCUGCUACCUGCUGAUACUUCAAUAUAAAAACAUAAACAUAGAAUGUUUUUAAGACUCAAGUACUUACCUACUCGAGAUUUGAAUACUUCAAUAAAAGCCACUCGAUAUUAUUUAGAAACACUCUAUAAAUGAAACACGCGUUAUGACUUUUCUGACUAUUUAAAUAACUAUAAUAAUAAUAAUAAUAAAAUAUAUUCAUGCAUACAAAUGUAAAGAAAUAUUAACACUUGUAGUUCACUAACGAUUUAUUUUUCAGUAAUGUUGUUAAACGAAUUAUUUUUGUGGCAUUUGAUUCUACAUAAAUAAAUUGAUUAUAAUGAUUUGUCACAUUAAGCACCAAAUAAUAUGUUCAAUGCUGAAAAGUUCAGUAGUUACAAAACAGUCUUAAAGUUGUAACAGUGUUGAAAAAAAAAAACAAAUGUUUAACGCUCGUAGAGAAAUUGUGAUUCAAAGGCAUCGUCGUAAGUCUAAGACAAAAAGUUCGAAAAUUAAAUCUUUAUUACUACCUAAUAACAAUUACUUACGGGAAUUUUCAUCCAUCACAAGCUUACACGGCAUAAUGUAUUUGGGCGAACCCAAAAGACCUCUAUUGGAAAGGGUUUUUUGGGUUGGUGUUAUGUCUUUGGUGAUGUCCCUAUGUGGCUUGCAAAUUUAUCAAUUAUACAGCAAUUGGCUGAGUAGUAGAACGAUAUUGACGUUGGAUAAUAAUAAGUAUGGCAUAUGGGACUUGCCGUUUCCGGCAAUUACAUUCUGUAGUGAUAUUCAGCUUCAACAUAUCGACAAUAGGACACUUGGAAACGAUACGUUUAAUAAGGAAACCGAAGAUGUAAUAAAUUUAUUGUGUAAUAAAUUUGAACUUUAUAAAAACGUUACUUUGAAAAUUAUUAACUCAAACAAUUGGGAACACGUUAUUAAGAACCACAAGACUCGCUGUAAAAAUUUAAUUCCGAUGUUAUUUUGGAUUCAAGACGAAAUCUAUUCGCCUUGUGAUUAUAUCCAACCAGUAAUAACAACACACGGCCUCUGUUAUACAAUAAAUAUGAUUCCUCAUCAUCAGUUGAUGCACAAUAAUUACUUACUAUCAACGUCUUUUUUGAACUUGACACAAGCCGAUAUCAUAGCAAAAAAAAACGAAACCACCUGGACCCCAGAAACCGGUUACAGCCAGAACAUAACUCCGUUUGAUGUGCCAUGGAGAGUAACGGGCGAUACCGUUGACAAUGCUGUUCGAUUGAUUUUUGAUUUAACGAACAAGAAUUUAGGAGACCAUUGUCCUAAAAGAGAUUCCGGACUAACGUUGAUUGUUCAUAGCCCAACGGAUGUUCCAGUCGGAAUCCAACCUACAGCUUACGUUACCGGUAGUAGUAUGUUGUCUGUCGCAUUAUCACUGAAUACUUUACAUACCUCACAUAAAAUCAAAACAUGGGAGCCAGAUAUUCGAAAUUGUUAUUAUCAACAUGAAAGAAAUUUGAAGUUUUUUAAAAUCUACACACUUCACAAUUGUGAAGUCGAGUGUAGAGCCAAUAACACGCUUAAAAUAUGCGGAUGCAAUGCUUAUUUUCAGCCAAGAGAUCCAGGAGUUCCGGUUUGUGGUACUGACAAUUUAGAAUGUAUCAGAGAAUCCUCAACUAUCGGUUAUUCGAUUUUUAAGACAAGGCUUAACAUGUCAAUUAACAUUAAAAGUUGUAAUUGUUUGCCAUCGUGUACAAAUGUUCUGUACGAGUAUGAAACUGUAGAAUUUUUCAGAAACUGGACAACAAAUUCUACAAAACCAAAACUAGUUCUCACUGAAGAAUCAGCUUUAGUAAUGAUUUACUUUAAAAGGAAAUAUGUUAUUGAUAUACAAAAAACUCCGUUGAUGCCUUUCAACGAAUUAUUGGGUAAUAUAGGUGGUUUGUUUGGAUUAUUCCUUGGUUGCAGCAUAAUCAGUUUUUUUGAAAUAUUAUAUUUUUUUGUGAUUCGAUUAUAUUUUGACCGGCGAAAUUCUAGAAAAGCUAAAUCAAAAAUAAUGCCAAGUUUUAUCCUUGAAUAAUAAGUUUAUAUACCUAAACGAUACGCAAUACCCAUUUUAGACAUAGAAAACUCUAUAAACAUUUAUAAUAGGCACCAAUUUAAAUACAAAAUAUAGAUUAUUUUUACUAGUAAGGCACUAUCAUUGUUUUAAAAAAAUAUAAACAAUUUUAAAAUUGUUUUUCCUAGUUUUAAAUUAUUAAAAAAUAACAUAAUAUUUUUAUUAGUAUUAUUUUAAAAUUUUAAUUUUAAUUUUUUAUUUUAAUGAAAUUAUUCAUUUUUCUAUAGGAAAUAUAUUUACAACGUGGUCCGAUGUAUAAAAACGAUUUUGAACGAGUAGUAAAUUAGCUAUAAGCAUUUAAAUUUUAGAUUUUUAACUAUUAUUAUAUUAAUAAGAUUAAUAUUAAAAUUAUUAUAUAAUAAUAAUUAAUACAUUUUUAAUUAUCUUGAAAGCAUUUUAUGUCAUUUUUUGUUUUGUUGUUUUAGUUCUUCUUUUAGUAUUCUAUAUAAUAUAGCAUAUCUAUAAUUUUAAGUCUUACGUAGUGGGUCAUGGGGCAAUGCUGCACUAGGAGUAUAAUAAUUAUCAAGAAGUGCGUAGUCUAUACCAAUAAGUAAUAUAGGUAAAUGAAUCAAAUAAAACAGCUUGUAAGAUUCGCUACUUAGGGACUCAAUAGGGCUGUUUACAACUUAUAAGAUGGUACAGUUUAAACUUUGAACUAAUUGUAUUUAGAAAGUUUAAAUAAAUAAAAAAAAGAUGGUAUAGCAAUCAUUUGAGUUGAGACUAGCUACACAACAGUCCGCUUCUACAAUUCGGAUUUUAUAGUAUUCAUGUAUGAAAGCUGCGCUGUUUUGGUAAUACCUAAUGCAUAUUUUUGUGUCAGUCACUCAGACGAUAGCUUUUAUUUUAUAGUAAUUAUUAUUCAUACAGUUUGUAUAGUGUUAUUAAUUAUUAUAUUUACAUUUAAUGAUUUAAUUUAUCGGGAAAAUAUAAUAAACAU